UGAGUGUCAUCGACCCAUCUCCGAGCAGCAUGUCUAGUUUGGCGUCGCAAGUCAUCCUGCACCCAACCGUGUCGCAGUCGCUGAAGGUUCUGGGCACCAAUUUGGGAAGGGACAAGUUGUAUCGCGCCAUCCAAUAUUUCUCUCGAUUUUUUGCAUGGUAUUUGCUCGCGCGAGGCUACAAAAUCGAAGGGGCUAGAUGGAACGCGCUCAAAGGCCAUCUCGCGCUCGCGAGGAAGCUGAUGCGGUUGGGCAAACCAAUCGAACAUCUUCAAGCCGCGCUGCGAGCUGCGCAGUCGACUGGUGAGCCUGCCGAGCAGAUCACCACCAUUUGCCGUCAGCUCGGCUACUUUGGAUAUUUGACCUACGACGCGUUCGUCUGGGCCAAUACCGUCAAGUUCUUCAACUUGGCGCCCUCAACUGCUCAGAAAGUCGGCAAGAACGCGAACCGCUUCUGGCUGGCGGGAAUUCUGUUCAGCGUCAUGCAUGGACUGUUUAAGGCGGGUCGUCUAGCGACCGAGUUUCAGAAGCUCAGUGGUGCCAGGCUCACCGACAAAGGCGAGAACACCGAUCGUGAAGUAAAGCUCGCUGCUUUGCGAAGUGUGCGGGAUGCCACAAAGCAACAGUUUGUCAUCGACCUACUGGAUGUCUGGAUCCCUGCUUCAAAUCUCGGGAUUGUCAACCUCAACGAUGGCGUUUUGGGCAUCUUCGGUCUCAUCACUUCUCUCAUCGCGUUCCGGCAACAAUGGUUGACUGUGAACCGUAAGUGAGCAGCCAAUGAGGGUGGAUGGUGGAUGGAGGUUCCUUUCGUAUUGUCUAGCGAUGGUCUUCUCUUUGUUCCAUUUUGCUAGCCCUCUUUAGCGUGUCUAGGACAUGGAUUAUUGUGUAACAU